AUGCCGGUGCCCAGCAGGCCUGUCGGGGUCGGGCGGUCGCAGAGCUGGGAUGCCGCCGGCUGGUGCGAGAGCCCCUGGGAGGUGGCCGAGGCCCCGGGCCGGAGCGGCUCGCUGACGGACGGGGGCAGAGAGGGGUCCUGGUAUGAGGCCGCGCCCGACCUCUGCCGCGAGGCCUUCUACAGCGCGGUGGCCGGCAGGAAGGGCUCCGUGCCCGACUUCAGCUUCUACGACAGCCGGCAGGCGGUGAUGGCCGCGCGCGGCGCCCUGCUGCCCCGGGACUACUACGGCGACCCGCCCGGGGCCGCGCAGGGGCCUCGGGGGCCGGGCCGCUCGCUGCCCGGCUACGGUGUGCUCGGCAGCAGGGUGACGUGGGAGCACGUGCACGGCCGGGGCCCGGCCCCCCAGGACGCAGCUCCCCUGUACCGGGACCCCGCAGGUAAAACGAUGGCGCUGGGGCAGCGGGCGCAGAGCAGGGCCCCCUCGCCCACGCGCUACGCCGGGGAGCUGGCCCCCCACGGCAGGUACGGGGCAGAGGCGCCCUCCUACCCCGCCGGCCAGGGCUACGAGGACGUCGGCGAGAGGCUUGGGGAUCCGGCCCCCGCCAGGCAGGCGGCCCCCACGUGCCUGGUCGUGGGCCCCGCUGGGGCCGCUGCCUCUGAAGGGGGGCCGGGGGCGGCCCCGGGCGCCCUCAGUCGAGGCUACGGACAGGAGAGCGUCUCCGCCAAGCUGGCUUACGAGAGCGCUGAGGCCGACCUGACCUUCCCGGCGCCCGCGGGCAGGAGGAGCGCGCCGCCCGAGUUCCUGGCGCUGCUGCGGGCCGAGGGGGUGGCCGAGGCCACGCUGGGGGCGCUGCUUCAGCAGGGCUUCGACUGCCCGGCCGUGCUGGCCACGCUGGAGGAGGCCGACAUCAAGUGCGUCGCCCCCAACCUGGGCCAGGCCCGCGUCCUGAGCCGCCUGGCCAGCAACUGCCGGACCGAGAUGCAGCUGCGGAGGCAGGGUCCGGGGGGCCCCGCGCCCCGCACACGCUCCAGCAGCUUCAGCCACCGCAGCGAGCUCCACGGGGACCCGUCUUCCCUGGGCGCUGCGGGCCUGCAGUCCCAGCCGGUGGGUCCCCUGCAGGCGGCACCCCCCCGCGGAGACCCAGCUCGCCGCCCCUCCAGCGCGCCCUCCCAGCACCUCCUGGAGACGGCUACCUAUUCUGCCGGGGUGGGUGCCCACACCCCCCACUUCCCCUCCAACUCUGGGUACAGCUCCCCCAUCCCCUGCGCCCUGACAGCGCGGCUGGGCCCCACGUACCCCCCACAGGCAGGGGUGGCCUUGACGAACCCGGGCCCCAGGACCGCCUACUCCACGGCGUACACGGUGCCCAUGGAACUGCUGAAGCGGGAACGGAGCCUGCCCAGCCCCCACAGCGGCGCCCAGCUCCUGCGGAAGCCCUUGGUCCCCGGGGAGCCAGCCGGUCCGAGCCUCCACGUGCCUCACUCGCCCUACCAGAAGGUGGCCCGGCGGACAGGGGCCCCCAUCAUCGUGUCCACCAUGCUUGCUCCAGAACCAAGUAUCCGCCCCCAGAUCAUGAACGGCCCCCUGCACCCCCGGCCCCUGGUGGCGCUGCUGGACGGCCGCGACUGCACGGUGGAGAUGCCCAUCCUCAAGGACCUGGCCACCGUGGCCUUCUGUGACGCGCAGUCCACGCAGGAGAUCCACGAGAAGGUGCUGAACGAGGCCGUGGGCGCCAUGAUGUACCACACCAUCACCCUCACCCGGGAGGACCUGGAGAAGUUCAAGGCCCUGAGGGUGAUCGUGCGGAUAGGGAGCGGCUACGACAAUGUCGACAUCAAGGCAGCUGGCGAGCUGGGGAUCGCCGUGUGCAACAUCCCGUCGGCGGCCGUGGAGGAGACGGCCGACUCCACCCUCUGCCACGUCCUCAACCUGUACCGGAGGAACACGUGGCUGUACCAGGCGCUGCGGGAGGGCACGCGGGUGCAGAGCGUGGAGCAGAUCCGGGAGGUCGCCUCGGGGGCAGCCCGCAUCCGCGGGGAGACGCUGGGCCUCAUCGGCUUUGGUCGCACGGGGCAGGCGGUCGCCGUUCGAGCCAAGGCCUUUGGCUUCAGCGUCAUCUUCUACGACCCCUACUUGCAGGACGGGAUCGAGCGGUCCCUGGGCGUGCAGAGGGUCUACACCCUGCAGGACCUGCUGUACCAGAGCGACUGCGUGUCCCUGCACUGCAGCCUCAACGAGCACAACCACCACCUGGUCAACGACUUCACCAUCAAGCAGAUGAGGCAAGGGGCCUUCCUGGUGAACGCGGCCCGCGGCGGGCUGGUGGACGAGAAGGCCUUGGCCCAGGCCCUCAAGGAGGGGCGGAUACGAGGGGCGGCCCUCGACGUGCACGAGUCGGAGCCUUUCAGCUUUGCUCAGGGGCCCUUGAAAGAUGCGCCGAACCUCAUCUGCACGCCCCACACGGCCUGGUACAGUGAACAGGCCUCACUGGAGAUGCGGGAGGCCGCCGCCACCGAGAUCCGCCGCGCCAUCACGGGUCGCAUCCCCGAAAGCUUAAGGAACUGUGUGAACAAGGAAUUCUUUGUUACAACGGCUCCUUGGUCAGUCAUAGACCAGCAAGCAAUCCAUCCGGAGCUCAACGGCGCCACUUACAGAUACCCGCCGGGCAUCGUGGGCGUGGCCCCGGGGGGGCUUCCUGCUGCCAUGGAAGGGAUCAUCCCCGGAGGCAUCCCCGUGACGCACAGCCUGCCCACAGUGGCGCACCCUUCCCAAGCACCCUCUCCCAACCAGCCCAGCAAACACGGGGACAAUCGAGAGCACCCCAACGAGCAAUAGCAGAGGAGACCAAGGUCAGGAACCUGGGACCAAGAGACAGUGGACAACAGAGGAGCUGAGAGGAGAGGAACGUGGCCGUCUUCGUGGCUGAUUCUGGGCACACACACCAUGGACAUCAGUGUUACGAGAGCUAGAAGCCGAGACGUGGGAAACGGAAGAUGCCUUCUGCUCACGAAGGGAGGCCCGGAAAGACUAGGACGUGAUUAAUUAACGACCAACUUCUGUUAUUGUGUGUUAAGUUCUUCAUCUGUGCAUCCAAUCACAAAGAAUAGAUCUUUUUCCUUUAUCAGCCCCUGGGGCACAGCAGGUCCUGGACACCUGGCUGUAUAGAACGUUGCGUCAAGAGUUCCAAACAUCAAUAAAAAACAUUAAGAGGCAAUCCCCGUCCUGUGACUCUCGUCCCUGCGGUCCUCGGGGCUGGUCACCUCUUUGCUAAUAGGAAGAUUGCAUUUCUGCGAAACCGGGAGGAACUGCUCGCCUGGGUCAGACAGCUCGCUGCACGCACGGACGGAUGACAGUCGCUCCUGGACAGAAGUCUCCCGCCCGAACUGCAUACUGAGCGGGCGAGUGGUUGUGAGUUACCUAAUACCCUCUAAUGAUGCAAAAAAAAAAAAAAAAAAAGUAUUAAGUUUCACAAGCUGUUUGUACUCAAAUAUAUUUUCUCAGUUCAGAUCCUCAGCUAUUUUAUUGAGUGGAAAGUCUUGAGCUGAAAGGUUCAAGGAGAAUAAUGUUGCAUUUCCUUAUGUCUCAGGAAACACUUUUUAUGGUAACUUGUCAGAUUGUCUAUGAACAAACCCACUUUUUUAGACAUUGAUAAAACCUUCUUUUCUUCACGUGAUAUUUUAUACAAGAACACUUCAGGUGUGUUAUUAGAUGUGACUGAUUUUAACAAAUCCUAUUAGAUUUGUAUCAACUAGUUACAUGUUAUAUUCAUAGUCUUUUGUGAAUCAUUGCCUUUUUGUUUAAAAGAUGGCCUAUUUUGAGCCUUUGUAUAGGUACAUUCCUGUUUUUGUGACAAAAACCUUUAAAACUGUCCCAAACAGAAAAAUAAUGGCUAUCAGAAAUGUUUUGUUUUAGUGUGAGUUACGUUACUGUAUUGUUUCUUGUAAAGGUGGACAUUUAGCGUUCGGUGCAGUUUUCAAUAAAAAGUGAUAAAAUUC